AUGUCGUCGGCCACGCAAAGGCAGUUAGACGCCAUCUCGGCCACAGAGCGCGUCUGCUCGGCCAUCUCGCUGAUCGGGACUUUUGUCAUUUUCACCACAUUCAUCGGCUCCAGGGGCUUUCGGAAGCCUAUUAAUCGUCUGGUCUUUUACGCUUGCUGGGGUAAUAUCAUGACCAAUAUCGCGACUCUCAUCUCGCAGGAUGGCAUUCAUGCUGGGGUUGGGGGUCCGCUGUGCCAGCUGCAGGCAUUUCUCAUUCAAUGGUUCAUGCCGGCCGACGCCCUCUGGACCUUCGCCAUGGCGUGCAAUGUCUACUUGACCUUCUUCCACAAAUACAAUUCGGAGCAAUUGCGUCGACUGGAGUGGAAAUACGCUGUGUGCUGCUAUGGCCUGCCAUUUAUUCCCGCCUUUGCGUACUUUUUCAUCAAAUCUCAAGCUCGGGGGCGAGUCUAUGGCUCUGCUAUUCUAUGGUGCUGGAUCUCCAUAAAAUGGGAUUUCCUCCGUAUAGCCGUCUUCUACGGCCCGGUCUGGUUUGUCAUCUCCUUGACAUUUACCAUCUACCUGCGUGCAGGGACAAUCAUCUUUCAGAAGCGAAGCCAGCUACGGAGUCUCGGAGCCAUGGACUCCCUCGACACGGAUGUCCAACCGGAAGCCCCCUUCAACAAGCUGGCAGGCAUCCAAGUCACCAGCGAGAUCGCCUGUUCGUCCCCGGAGCGCCGCUCCAUGACUGCCACCCGCACGGUGCCUUGCCGCAGCUUUACCUCGUCGAACUUCAGCCCAUACUCCGUCACCAUCGAGGGAGGUAGUAGUGGCAACGUCGGUGGUGGCUAUAUUGUUCCCUACAGCCACGGGAUAAGUCCAAUCCCAGAUCCACCAUCUACAUCAAAACUCCCUCCGAGUCCUCUCCGUACCGAUAUCUCCACCCCCAAGCCCGUGCGCUCCGAAACAACAGACUCGCACUCGCAGCGCCGUGCAGUGGCAGUGGCAGCGGCCGACACAGCGACCUGUGCGUAUUUCAAGUACGCAAUCCUGUAUUUCAUCGCAUUGCUCGUGACAUGGGUCCCCUCAACCAUCAAUCGAGUAUACGCCCUCGCCUACCCGGAAGCCUUUGUGUUUGGUCUCAAUUACGCCUCCAGCUUCGUACUUCCGCUCCAGGGAUUCUGGAACUGCCUUAUCUAUGUCUCUAUCUCGUGGCCGGCCUGCAAAUCUCUCUGGGCUGAUAUGCGUGCUCGUGUGCCGUUGUUGUCGAAGAUUGCACCCAUCAGUGUAGGUGGGCCGGCGCAGUGCUCGCAGAGAGAGGUGCGAGAUUCCCGAGUCUCGCAUAGUACGGUGGGGCAUCAUUCGGAUGAUAGUCUACAGGAAUUGGCUGGAGUUAGGUGA